AUGUCAAGCCAGUUUGACCACGUUCCCAAAGCUGCCGCGGAUCCAUCCAAUGAUCUCGCUCAACGGACCAAAGCGGACAAGCACCCGUUGAAGGUCGAUCUCGGAGUUGGUGUCUACAAGAAUGAACAGGGCGGGUAUUACGAGAUUCCUGCGAUCUCAAAGGCCAAGCGAGUCUUGGAAGCUGCCAGAGUGGGCCACGAUUACAAUCCAACUAUUGGUAUUCAGCAGUUCAUUGAAGGAUCAAAGCACCUCAUCUUUGGAGACAGCAGCCCAGUUGUGAUAGAGAACAGAAUUGCGUCGGUCCAGACAGUCGGCGGGACUGGUGCGAAUCACAUUGCAGCCACAUUUCUGAGCAACCAUUACAAAUCCGCAGACACAGAGGUCUACUUGGGUGUUCCAACAUGGGUCAACUUUCAACCCUUGUUUGAGUUCUCCGGAUUCAAGGUCAACAGUUAUCCGUACUUCGACAAAGAGAAGAGAUGCGUGGACUUUGACAACAUCUUGAAAGCGGUCACAAGCGCCCCUAGCAAGUCGAUCUUCGUGCUUCAGCCCUGCGCACACAACCCGACCGGAGCAGAUCUUACGGCCACCCAAUGGCAAGAGUUGGCGGACGCAAUGAAGGUCAAAGAUCACUUUCCAUUUUUCGAUAUGGCAUACGCAGGCUUGGCUUCCGGCGAUGUGUUCACUGAUGCUCUUCCAAUCCGGUUGUUCGCCAAUCAAGGGUUUGAACUGGUGGUAGCACAAUCCUUUUCCAAGAAUACUGGCCUUUACGCGGAGCGGGUUGGUGCCUGCCACAUAGUGGUGAACUAUUCAAGUGCAGCUGCAUCUGUCCAAGACCAGCUUCGGUCAUAUACUCGUUGGGAGGUAUCCUCAACCCCAGCUUAUGGCGCGCGACUUUGCUCAUACCUUAUGUCCCAUGAAACGCUACGGGAAGAGUGGUUCAAAAACAUCCACGAGAUGCACGACAAUUGUAAGCACAAAAGAAAGCUUUUGUAUGAGCAGAUUACAAAGACCUACGACAUUCCCGGUGACUGGGAGCACAUCUUGCAUGAUCAAGGACUGUUCAGCAUGCUUGACCUCACUCCAGAAGAGGUCCUAUUCAUCAAUUCUCGCCAUCAUAUCUACUUCCCAGCUUCAGGACGUAUCAACGUCGCCGCGUUGAACGAGGAGAACAUUCCUCGAUUUGCCAAGGCAAUUCAUGAGGCCGUCGCACAAUGA